AUGGCUGUUGGCGAUAUGGUUGAGGGACCCUUUGCUUUGCCCACCGAUGGGCUUGAUUACGAGCCGACACUGGAUAUUGGGAAGAUAUUUGUGGAACGCUGUAAUAGUGAGCAAAACAAGUCAGAGGCUAUCGUUGCAAUCGAGAUCCUCAUCAUGCUUAUGAAAAGUAGCAGUAUCCGUACUGUACAAGGUCUCGAUGAUAUGGUUAACGAUGCUGUAAGGCAAAUGCGUCAAACCGACAGAACCAACUGUUCAGUUAAAUCUGCUUGUGAUAUAUUUCAGCGUUUCAUUACGCUCGCAGUUCUGGACAAUUCCGGCGACUUUGGUGAAGUCAAGAAGGUUCUUCUAGAUCGCGCUUACCUCUUCUUGGACAAGAUUAAUGGAUACAGGGAUAUAAUAGCUAGAAAUACCAGUUUCCUCAUUCGGAACAAUUUUCAUAUCUUGACCCAUGCGAAGUCGCGAGCUGUUAUUGAGGCUCUUUCAUACAUUGUCAAUAAUGAAACCAAUCGCCGCACUCUACAUUGUUAUGUUACGCAAUGUAUGCCAAGCGCAUCGGGUUGUCGUAUGGUUCAAGAGCUACGAAAGCGGGGUGUCUCCAGUUCCAGUGUCCCCGACACUGCUGUGGCUUAUCUAAUGCCUCAAAUCGACGCCGUCCUCCUUGGGGCCGAGGCCGUUGUUGAAAGUGGUGGUGUUUUGAACGCCCUUGGCUCCUGCUCAAUCUCUAUGAUUGCUCAUAGUAUGGGGAAACCUGUCUAUGUUCUGGUUGAGUCCUUCAAAUUCCUCCGUGUUUACCCCUUGGACCAACGUUCCAUACCCGAUGAGUUGAAAUGGCCUCCUUCACAACUGGCAAAGGUUCUUGAAAGUAAAAAACCGCAAAAACCCAAACUUGUGCUGAAUGAUCCACGUUAUGAUCCGUGGCUUGAGGUUGCAAGAUAUCGGGACAAGAGGGUAGAGAAAUACAUGCCAUUGAUUGACUACACUAACCCUAUUUAUAUUACAUCUCUGGUCACUGAUUUGGGGAUCUUUACGCCUUCCGCUGUUAGUGAUGAACUGAUCAAAUUGUACCUUUAG